CGGAAGGGCUCCGCUUGCGCGUCCCUGGAGCCGCUCUUCUGCCGCCGCCUGCUCUCUCCGCUCGCGGUGAGCUCGUCAGUCUACGCAGUGUGCGUUCCUCCAUCUGGGCCAUGGAUGGUGUUGUUACAGAUCUUAUAGCAGUCGGUUUAAAGCGGGGACCUGAUGAGCUUCUUCCUUCUGGCAUCAUUAACGGACCUUUUACCAUGAACAAUUCUACUCUUACAGCUAAUGGGAAUGACAACAAGAAAUUUAAAGGAGAUAGACCUCCCUGUUCGCCUUCCCGUGUUCUCCAUCUUCGCAAAAUUCCAUGUGAUGUCACCGAAGCAGAGGUCAUAUCAUUAGGUCUACCAUUUGGCAAAGUAACUAAUCUUUUGAUGUUGAAAGGAAAAAGCCAGGCUUUCUUAGAAAUGGCGUCUGAGGAAGCAGCUGUUACUAUGGUGAAUUAUUAUACUCCUUUUACUCCUCACCUUCGAAGCCAGCCUGUUUUUAUUCAGUAUUCCAAUCACAGAGAACUUAAGACUGACAAUCUUCCUAAUCAAGCUAGAGCCCAAGCUGCACUGCAGGCUGUCAGUGCUGUCCAGUCAGGAAGUCUGGCCCUUCCUGGAGCUCCUUCCAGUGAAGGCACAGUUCUACCUGGGCAGAGCCCUGUGCUCCGAAUAAUUAUUGAAAACCUCUUUUACCCUGUUACUUUGGAAGUUCUUCAUCAGAUAUUUUCUAAAUUUGGCACAGUUUUGAAGAUUAUCACCUUUACAAAGAAUAAUCAGUUUCAGGCCUUGCUUCAGUAUGCUGACCCAGUGAAUGCACAUUAUGCCAAAAUGGCUCUGGAUGGCCAGAAUAUCUAUAAUGCAUGCUGCACUCUGCGUAUUGACUUCUCCAAGCUCACCAGCCUUAAUGUGAAAUAUAAUAAUGACAAAAGCAGAGACUUCACUCGCUUAGACCUUCCUACUGGUGAUGGCCAGCCAUCCCUUGAACCCCCUAUGGCUGCUGCUUUUGGUGCACCAGGUAUAAUUUCUUCACCAUAUGCGGGGGCUGCUGGAUUUGCCCCAGCCAUUGGAUUUCCUCAAGCUACAGGUCUAUCAGUCCCAGCUGUUCCUGGAGCUCUUGGUCCUCUCACAAUCACCUCCUCUGCUGUCACUGGAAGGAUGGCCAUUCCUGGAGCUAGUGGUAUACCAGGAAAUUCUGUUCUACUUGUCACCAAUCUCAAUCCUGAUCUUAUCACACCACAUGGGCUUUUUAUCCUAUUUGGAGUGUAUGGUGAUGUACAUCGAGUGAAGAUUAUGUUUAAUAAGAAAGAAAAUGCCUUGGUUCAGAUGGCAGAUGCAAAUCAAGCUCAGCUAGCAAUGAACCAUCUAAGUGGUCAGAGACUUUAUGGAAAAGUACUUCGUGCAACACUGUCUAAACAUCAAGCAGUUCAACUUCCUCGAGAGGGACAAGAAGACCAAGGUCUGACUAAGGAUUUCAGCAAUAGUCCUUUGCAUCGUUUUAAAAAACCUGGCUCUAAAAACUUCCAGAAUAUCUUUCCACCAUCAGCCACUCUGCAUCUUUCCAACAUUCCCCCUUCUGUUACAAUGGAUGCUUUGAAGAACCUUUUCAUAGAAGCUGGAUGUUCAGUGAAGGCUUUUAAAUUCUUUCAGAAAGAUCGCAAAAUGGCGCUCAUUCAGUUGGGAUCUGUGGAAGAAGCAAUCCAGGCCCUCAUUGAGCUUCAUAACCAUGACCUAGGAGAAAAUCAUCACCUCAGAGUUUCCUUCUCAAAAUCUACAAUCUGACUUUUUUGUGAAUUUUUCUCCUAAAACUGGACCAUAAUUUUAGUAAAACCUUCAGACAUUGACUGAAGCAGCUCAAGACCAAUUCUGCCUCUUUCACAAAAAUAACUUUCUGAGUUUGAUAUUUAAGUAUAUUAAAAAAAUCAGGAGACAUUCUUUUUUUCCCCUGCCAGUAUGUGAUCAAAGUUUUGUUUUUUCUUUGUACCAUGGUUUCUAUGAAAAUAACCUGCAGGAAAAAAUAUUUUUUCAAUAAUUUACCUCCCUAUAUUAAAUUAGAUUUUGAGAGGAUGAAAUUUCUUUAAGUUUGGGUCCAGAUCAGCCUUAUACAACAUUUCUAAACUCCUUUGUACUUUGAAAAAUGUAAACAUAUGGACUUAUUACUUAAUGUAAGUAAUUUAAAUCAUUUAUGGCCAAGUUUUUAACUUAAUGAUUCAGAAGUUUGACCCCUGUAGGAAAUUAUGUUCAGUUAUAAAUUACAUCAAAUAUUUGCCAUAUAUUGAUGGUUAAUAUACAUAAACACAUUGAGUUGCACUGGAAGCAGUUUUAUAAACUUGCAUGUUUUCUUUCAAUGAUAUCUUUUUUCUCACUAUUAGACACUCCUUUGAAUAAUACCUAUCUUUUAGCUUUUUAAAGCUAUUUGGAAAAAUGAAGUGUCUUGACUGUCCCCAGGGAAAUGAAGUGGAAUCCAACCAGGAUCUGUUAAGAUGUCAAGAUAAUUAAUAGUUUUAUUAGGAAAAAUCCCAUUUUAAAUUUCAGAAUAACACAUCAUAGUAUAAUAUCA